AAAAGGAUUCAUAUUUAGGAGGCUGUGAGGUUUAUUCUCUCCCUACAGCAAAGGCCUGUAGAGGCUACACCUAUAUAAUUCUCUCCCUACAUCUCAGUCUACAAGCAAGUCUCUCAGCAGAAGAAGAGAGGAUUCAGCAAAAUUAGCUUCCAUGGGUCGCGGAAAGAUAGAGAUCAAGAGGAUCGAGAACCCAACAAACCGCCAAGUCACCUUCUCCAAGCGGCGAGGAGGGCUCCUGAAGAAGGCAAACGAGCUUGCUAUACUAUGCGAUGCACAGGUUGGAGUCAUCAUCUUCUCCAGCACCGGCAAGCUGUUUGAAUACUGCAGUCCACAUUUGAGCAUGCGACAACUCAUCGAACGGUAUCAGAGAGUCACCAACACUCAUUUUGAGGAGAUCAACAGUCAGCAGCAAAUCAUUUGUGAGAUAUCGAGGAUGAGAGACGAGAACGAUAAGCUCCAGGCAAGCAUGAGGCAGUUCACCGGGGAAGACUUGGCUUCGUUGACUUUGAAUGAGGUGAAUCAACUCGAAGAACAGUUAGAGUACUCUGUCAACAAGGUUCGAGCAAGGAAGCAUCAGCUGCUGCACCAACAACUGGAGAAUCUGCGUCGCAAGGAGCACAUUUUGGAAGAUGAGCACAACUAUCUCUGCCGCGUGCUUGCGGAGCAUCAGGCGGCGAUGGAGCAUCAGCAGGUGGUGGCCAUGGAGCACAAGGUGGGGGACGUGCCGAUGCUGGAACACUUCGGCCACCUCUACGCCGAGGAGCCGUCGCGGAACCUGCUGCAGUUGUCGCCCCAAAUGCACGCUUUCCGGCUGCAGCCGACGCAGCCCAACCUGCAGGAGGCCACCUUCCAGGGACACUACCUGCAGCUGUGAGUCUGAAGCUUCAGCAGAAGAAACGACGAGGAGGAAGACGAGUCUUCACUUUCCUAGCUAGAAUUCUCUUAUAUGGCAAAUAAUAUAAUCUAGACUUUGGUGUGAACUUUUCUCUGUGUCUUCUUAGCUUAUGAACUUAGAUCGGAAAGAACAGUUGCAUGCAUGCAACAUGAUGUGUGUGUGUAUGUGUUUGCAUGUCCUAAGUAGGUAGAGAGAGAUGCAACAUUGGCAUAAAUCUGUCAUCCCAAUGCAGAUAUGAUUGACCUCCACGACUGCAUGCUCUGUUCAACUUGGCUUAUAGGUCAAGGAAAUCAAAGCUCACAGAAAGAUCAUUCGAGGAUCUCUCUGUG